AAAAACCAGGUAUACUGUAUGCUUUAGGUUCUUGCGCAACCUGACGAGUCAGGCAGACUCCUGUCCUUGCUUUAUCAAAAACACGCACUGUACAUAGUUAUACACGAAGACUGAUUUGAUUUUAUCGUAAGCACGCUUGGGCGCAAGCUGAGGUCAGGUUCGCUCACAAGGCAGGCAAGCUUUCCGUUCAUCCUGGAGCUAACAGGAGAGCUGUGGAGAGAAAUGGGCACAAUGACCUGAGACUGGCCCGAGCGCAAAAUGGACUCGGAGCAGCAGCCGGCCAGCCCGAGGGCUGCGCCUGGUGCAAGCGGAGGCCGACGCUUGCCUGGUCGGACACCUUCUGGUCUAUUGGGACAGGCAGCGCAGGGGCCGCAGCAACCUCAGCCCCAACUUGGCAAGGGAGCACUUCAGCUCAAUCAGUCCAGCAGCGCAGCGACAACCGCGUUGCCGGUGAAACGUCGGGGGAGUUUCCAGCAGUUGAAGAAAAUAGGUGCCGCCGGGGGGCGAGAUGGCAGCUCUUCGCACCUGGACUCGGACUCGGCACCAUCAAUUUUCGCCAUUGUGAAAAAGUCCACACACUGGGAAAAGUAUGGCACGGUGCUCGUGCUGCUCGUUGCCGACGAGCUCAGCAGUGACAAGGAGGCGGUGGUGCAGAUGCUGAGCGCAGAGGGAUACGAUGACCAGACGUCGGACAGCAUCGAGGAGGCGGUGAAGUUGUUUUCGGAAAGGGAGGUGUACCCGGACAUUGUUAUUGUUGAUUCAGACAAUGAGCUGGUGGACACCAAACAGCUCAUCAAGGCGCUGCAGGCGCUGAACCCCACGGUGGCGGUGCUGGUACUGGGCAGCCGCGGCGGGCCCAUGGGCGCGGUGGCGGCGCUGCAGGCGGGCGCGGCGGACUACAUGGUGAAGCCGCUGGAUCUGGAUGAGGUGGUUGCCCGCGUGGAGCGACACGUGCAGCGACAGCACUGCAUCAAGUUGGAAAUGGAAAAGGCGCUGGAGCACGCCAAGGAGAUGAUGCAGCAGCUCAUGCCGGCAUCACUACUCGGGGACGUGAUGUUGCGGAAAGACGGCAGCGCCGCGGGCGGCGCGCCGGCGGGCGGCAAGGCGAGUCUCAACAGCGUGGCGGAGACCGACUUUGAGGAGCAGAUGAGCGAGCUGAGCGAGGAGAACCACCGCUUGGGCCAGAAGGUGCAGGAGAUGGAGCGCAAGCUUGAGCUCAAGGACCAGGAGAACCGCGACCUGGAAGCCAAACUCAACGCCAUCGACCGCAAAGUCAGCGCGCUGGCCGCCAGCCGCGAGAUGGGCGGCGGCAACGGCGGCGGCAACGGCGGCGGCGGGGGGUCGGGCUGCACGGCCGUGGGGCCUGAGCAGCGUGCCGCGGCGCAGCAGGCGGCGCAGGCGGCCCAGGCCUCGUUGCAGGGGCAGCUGAACAGCGUGGCACAGGCCAACGAGGACCUCCGACAUAAAGUGGACGAGCUGGAGCGGCUGAUGCAGUCGCACACAGGCGUCACCAGCGCCAGCAACCAAAACCUGCGCCUGAGCGUCAACGGUGGGCAGCAGCAGGGCUAGCUGCAGCCCGCGGGCCUGUCGCACAGCGGCAGCGGUGCUGUCGAGCAGCAUUAGCAGCGGCGCUGGCGGCCGCAUUAGCAUUAGCAUUAGCAGCAGGAGCAGCAGCGGAACGCUGCAGGCGGCAGGCAGGCUUUGCAAUGGGCAAAAGGGCUCCUGCUGCGUGUGGCCACGGGCAGGAGCUCUAGAACUGCACUGAGUCGUAGAGGCACUGCCGCCCCUGCUCUCGGAGCAGCACCGGGAUGGCCGGGCACGCUGUGGCCGGACUGGUGACAGGUGGCGCAGCGGACCGCUGCUCUUGUACCCAAGUGCUGCCGCCGGCGAUGCAUCAGGCGCUGGCGAGCGUCAGUUACAUCAUCGGAAUUGAACGGAGCGCUGCAGUCUCGGCGAGGAGUAAAGCAGCACGACAAGGACUGCGGCAGAAGUCACGCUGGGCAGUGCAGCGCAACGGCAUUGCAUGAGCGGUGGUGGCUGGCGCGCGGCUGCAGCUGGCCGCCCGGACUGUCGAGCUUCUGGUGGGCUUACAUGGCCUGGCCCAGCAACCAGGAGCGUGUGCAUGGCGUCACAGCUGCCGUUCUGGGGCUGCAUGCACGUGCUAGGUGCACCGGGCGCUCGGGCAGUAGCGCGCUGCCUGGAGAUGCGUGUGGUCGGGUGGCAUCACGCGCAGACAGCUGUUCGUACUUGCGACCCACUUACAGGGCAUCAACAAGUCUUCUUUACGUGCUCCAACUUGCUGCAGAACUGGGAGUUGAGGAUGGGGAUUUAAGCAUAAGCACCGUGUGGGGUGCAAGGCAAAAAGUGUCGUACUGUACUUCUGACCCCGUAGCAGCAGACCCGGGCCCCGCAUAGGCCUCUGCCAGGUCUGAAGCUGGCCAGGUGGAGGAACUCAACUGCUUGCUUCCAGUUGCAGCCCGGCGCAAUGUGGGCAGGAGAGCGAGAGGCUUUCGGCACCGCUGGAGGUGUCACAGAACAUGUUCGGUGAUUAUCGGCGUACGAGAAGGGGGGCGCUGUAAACGGGGCGCGAGUUAGAGUCAGAGUCCCCAUGCAACUCGGAGUCAAAUACAUGAGGUAUAAAAUGGUUGUUGUGUGGGCAACAGACCGGGAUGUGCGUCGUCAGAAAUGGCACUCGCUCCAUGGCGAAAUUUGGUCUCAACCCGGAGUCUUUCCUAACACAGGUCCACUGCAUUGGUAUUUGCGUAUGUGUGCGUGCGUGCGCGUGCCUGUGUUGCGCAUAUUCGCGGUGAAGGGGUGUGGGCGGUAGCGGCUCACAAUGGGAGUGAUGGGGCGGCGGACGGUAGACCUCGCGCCGUCACAAAUGCUCUAAUUAGGGGACCUCCUGGCGCUAAUGGCUUGUGCGCGCCCCUUCCCCGGAAGCUCACUGCAACAGACAAUGUGCGUUGGCACGGUGAACUGCAUUACUUGGCUAGGGAGGCUGUGCCUUCUCGAGUACGAUGGCAAAAGCUGCCUGGAGCGUGCUCAGAGAGGAAGUGUGAGUGUGAUGGACCAGGCGAAGUGGGAGGUAUGAACAUUCGUCAGCAAGCAUCAUCAUCGUGCGGCUGGUACGCGUGCUUCCAUUUGAAAUGCUGCAAUGUAUCACAACACAGUUGGCCUCGUCACAAGAAUGUAUGACGUGGGCGACCCUCUGCACGUGAUUUUCAGUGGCAUGAGCGGGUCGUGUGCAAUGAAGCAUACAGUGACAGGCAACUCUUGAAGAUGACGCAGCGCUUGGCUGACAGGCGCUGAAAGGAUGCGGGUAGACAAUGAGCUGGGGCACAGCUACUGGUGUUACGAUGAUACCGAUACGGGAGCAGCACGUAGGUCGCGUGUUCUCGUGGUCUGUGUGCUGGGCCAUCAAUGAUAUGCGCAGCCUGACAGGUUGCAGGGGUCGUGCAGGAAUGAGCAGC